CUGGACUCUGAGGGGAACAUCGUGGGCGCCGCCGGCAACUAUCUCAGCGGCCCCGGCCCCAUGAUAUACGUCUGGACUCCCCAGGGGCGGGUACUGGAAACCUACCCCAUGCCGGUGGGCGUGGACGGCCCCACCAACUGUUGCUUCGGCGACGCCGACCAGAGCAGCCUGUACGUUACCACCGGCCAGGGACACUUCCUGCGACUGCGCAACACUGGCCGCCGGGGCUGGAUAAUGUGGCCUCCGGUCCGGUAG